AUGGGCAGAUGGCGGUCACGGCGUGGUGACCACGGAAGGCGAGCAGCGACAGCUGGUCGUACGGAGUGGGGCAUGGCGGACGAGAGCGGCUGGCAUGGGUGCGCGCUGGUGGGUCGCGAGAUCCAGACGACGGUGGGUGCGGAGAGCCGCACGAACGCGAUCUUGGGAGCGAACGGUCGCUCCGAGAGCAGUGGCAGCCGGAACGGACGGCUGGGAGUGGCUGACGAAGAAGAAGAUCUCGAAGCCGAAGGGUCGGCAGUGCGAGCUGGCCUUCGGGCUGGAGGAGAACGAGCGGUGGCGAACGAGUGA